AUGACGGUUUGCCAAGGGAUCGCAUUCCACACCCAGCACGAAAAUGUUCUCAUUCUUGUCUCUAUGGCUUUUUCUUCGGUUGGAAGGACGAAAGUGGCGAGCCACUUGAUCCUGUUGUUCGUCAACAUCAUCGUUCUCGCCCUUUCUGCUCGGGUCAAUCUCUUCCAAGGUUUCUUUUUCCACGCCGACCUCUUUCCUUUGGCCCUGUCCAUCAUCACAUUCGUUAUUAUCGUGUUUCUACUAGCCCUUGACUUUGCUCUGAACAAUUCAUACACCGGCCGAGCUCAAUUCGAAAUAGGCGUCUUUGGUGUCUUGAGUAUCUUCUGGCUCUCCUUCAACGCGUUCUCCACCUCUCGAUGGCGCCAGGUCCCAUUCCACUGUAAUUCCAUCCCAUCCGAACCUGCAAGCCCUCAAAUCCCUCGUCUGGAUCAACUUUCUAAUCUGUACAUCCCUCACUUCCAGCCCACCGGCUUCCUGGCUAACCCCCCACUUCCUCCUCCCCUCUAG